AUGUUGAAGCCCUUCCAGAUAAAGGAUCAGCAAGUGUCCCCACCUUCGAAGCCAGUAGAGCCCUCUGGUAUUCGGGAAGUUCAGAUCUCAGCCUCUGAUUAUGAUAACAUCGCCUCAAAUCAUCCCCGGGCGAGGUUAACUUACCUAGAUGACGAUGAUGGCGAUCAGAUUACGGUUGGGUCUUCUCUCGAGCUUGCCCAGCGCCUAGAUGAGCCCCUGGAGAUUUGGUCUCGGCAUGAGCCUACCCAGCUCCCCCAAGAUGAACCAGAGCCGAUGCACAUAUUUGAUAUUCGUCGGUCAAAGUCGGUGACUGAACUGUGGAAGCGAUUUGAGAAUCAAUCUUCCCCUGAUCAUAAGAUUCCCGAAACAAAAAACGAUGCACCGAUGAUGGCGGAGCCUACAGCAGGUACUUCAGCUAGCGAGAAGCCCACUUUGAAUCACCACAGUGCUACUACUGCCCCCGGUGAUGACUCUCGGCCUUUGCUCGCAGCAUUCGAGGCCGAGUUGGCCAAUAUUCUUGGCUCAACGGAAGAGCCUGCGGAGAGAGCGCCUCAAGCUGAACCCUCACCUGCCCCUGAGCCCUCGACAAAUACCAAUUCACAAAGAAUGCCUCAGGGAGCUGAGGCUCUUGCGGCACAAAUCCUGCACCACUUAACUAACGGGGCCAAUAUGGUUCAAUCUGAGCUAAGGACAAGACUGCCAGAAUUGCAGCGUCAAGUUCGUGAUGCCCAGAGGCAUCUGCCCGAGAACAUUGGCGCAUCCCUGCAAGCUCUGCUUACCACACUUGAAGUUCACGUGAGAGCCGCUUUUAACAACAUACCGGAUAACGGACGACAAUGGGCAGAAGAAGCCAUUCAUGCUGGGCGGCCUGUGGCUGAAAAUGCCGCUGAAGGCUUUCGAAUGAUGGCUUCUGAAUUUAACGAAGUUGGUCGAACCUUAUUUGCAGCCUUUGAGCAUGAGUUUGGACGAGCUGCACCUCGGGGGAUGAACGACCCAUCUGAUGGAUCAAAUACUCCCCCCACUUCUGCCGCCAAUGGUGUAAGCAAUGCGCCUUCCGCGUCGAUUAAUUCUCAGGCCACCGAGCCUCAUGCCGCGGAUUCUAAAUCCGAGGAGAAAUCCUCUAUGGGAUAUGAUCUCGCAUCAAUGGCAGAACUUGCAACGAGCAGCCAAGCUACGACUUCCGAUGCCAGAACUGCUGGUGCAUAUCAGCCUUUCUACCCUCAACCUCCGUCUUCCUUUCAUCGUUACGGUCUUGAUUCUGUGCCGAACCUUCAAUACUCCUUGCCACGAACUGGGGGAUACACCUCGACUUUUUAUCCUCCACCCUAUUAUCCUUCAUUCGUACCUCACCAUAUGCCGCAACCUCGCUCUGUUGACCACCACGCUCAUCCUCCCCCUCCCCCUCCAAAAACGCAGCACUCUGACCUUGGCGCAAUCUCUCCUUGGUUGGCAGGGGUGAACGGCAUACCCCCUAUCUCAUCCUCAACCCAUCGACCUGGUCCCCUACCAGUACCCUCAUUAGAUCAUCAUUUGAAAAUGGGGGACACUCAAACAGCAGAGCCUGGAAAUAAGACCUUAUUCAUUGGCAAUGUCGGGUUCAACGUCACUGAAAGAACCAUCCAAGAUGUCUUUGCCUCAAAGGGUUUCCUUGUCACAGUGGAUCUUCCAUUGGAUGCUGUGUCAGGCAAACAUGCAGGCUUUGGCUACCUGCAUUUCCCUUCUAUUCACCCUGCCAUGGCCGCUAUGGAUGCCUUGCAGGGUACGCACAUUGACGGCCAUGCGAUCAACCUUGAAUUCAGUGACGCUAUGCCCAUUCAAGGUUUGGUAUAUGCUCCCAAUCAGCACCCCUCUCAACAUAAAUCAGGUUCAAAGACCCCUGGUUCCGAGGUGGAGCAAAAGCAGAGUAAAUCAAUUAAGCGGCGAAAAUCUGUCUCUUUCCAGGUAUCGAAUCAGUCUGCCAACGAGCCUAUAGGAUCUCAGUCUCAAAAUGCAGACAAGACUGCCCUCCAGUCGGCGGAAGCGGCGGCGUCAUCUCCACUGAUUGAUCUCUCUAUUGACGAGUCUGCCUGUGCUCCGCGGGCUCAGCAACCUUCCAUAAUGAAGGGGCAUUGGCAGCAAGGCAAGUCUAAGGAUGAACAUGACAUCUCUUUUGAUUUGAAUCCGGAAUCAGAGAUGAGCCGGUUCCCACCUGUUUCUCAACUGGAAGCUCAACAUUUGGCGACCCAGCACCAGCGUCAUGCGCCUGGACCUGUUCCCAUAACUCUAACUGCCAAUAAUAAUGACAGCAUUCCUACAUUCACAGGAGAUCUUCCCCACCGGUCUCGCACCACUCGAGGCAAUCAUGAUCAUGCCGGCCCUGGUCUGCGUCGUGCAAGCACUACCACGUUUACUCCGCUGAGGCAGAGCACUUCUAAACCGCGUGUCCUUGACGAGGCUUUCGGUACCCCUCUGCGACGUCGAGCCAGUGAGAGACAACCACUUCGCACAACUGCCCGUCCCACCAGCGAGUUAGACACGUGGGCUCGACUGGACAGAAGGGAACGCGAGCGGUCCCGACCAUCGUCGCAGCACAGUAUCCCUGGGAGCUUCCCUGUUGAAGAGGCUUCCCAAUCCACUCCGCACGAGGCGAGUGUAAACGACAGGCAAGACGAGGGCAUUGAAGAUUGUGUUUCUUCUCUAAUCGACAUGGGGUAUGGGAGUGUCGAGGAUGGUGGUCGGUCCCGGAUGACUAUAUAUGCUGCUGCAUCCAAUGGCAAUCUCUUUGAUGCCAUUGAAAUGAUUGAAGAGGAGCGCAAAGCUUAUGCACACCAGGGUCGGGGGUGA